AUGACUUCACCAGCGACACCGCCGGCUGAAGACAAUCAACGUCCCCUGUCAGAGUCCAUCGCCGCCGCAACCCGGUCCGUCCAUGCGAAGCUUAACAAGCUGAUUGUCGCCCGCCUGCCGCUGGCGAUCCCUCCUCACGCCGCCGACCCGUCCGUCUAUGUUUCCGGUCUGCUUCACAUUGCACCCAUCUACGCUACCUUCGAGUCGCUAUGGAAGACCCUUGUGGAAUCGCCUCUACCUACUGUGGCCGGUGUACAAGGUGAUGGCCACCUGAACCUCUUUCCGUCAAAUCCAGAAGGUUUGCUCUCAGCCUCUAGCGAUGGGUCUCCAUCGAAACAUCAAGUUGCCCUUUGCGAGCGGACACGCUCGAUCUUGACGUCGUUGUACCUGCCAGGACUUAUGCGCUCUGACCGGCUGCGGUCCGACAUUGGAUCUAUAACAGGAUGGUCCCCUGAGGUCGUCGAGGAGCAACUCAAAGCCGUCGCAGAAUCGGGGCGGCUGGCUGAAUUCACGCAGCACGUGAAACGUACCAUCGAGAAUAAGCCACAUGUCUUGUUGGCAUAUUCAUACAUCCUCUUCAUGGCCCUCUUUGCUGGGGGGAGAUUCAUCAGAGCGACCUUGGAGUCUGCAGGCUCAGAAUUCUGGGCCCAAGUCCCAUCACCCAUUCCGCCCUCUCAGAUAAGUUGUCAAGCAAAGGACCCGUCGACGAGUGUACUGGCUGCCACUGGCAUGGGACCAAUCGACAUGAUGAGGGGCGACCAUAGAACGAUCGGCGUUGGCACAAAGCACUCCCGCCAUUCACUCCCGCUCGGCUUCUUCCAUUUUGCGACAGUUUUGGAUGGCGAGGAUCUCAAAAAGGAGUUUAAGAAACGGUUAUCGGAAUCAGAGAGUCUAUUAACCCUUCAGGAGAGAAACGACAUCGUUCAGGAGGCUGUAUGUAUCUUCGACAACAUGCUACUUCUCGUCGGCCAGCUGGACAACGUCUGUGAGACCAAUCUGGAGGAUGGACAGGCUUCGCCGCCUUGGGCAUCCCUGAUAUCUGGAGGUCGACUGCGUGACAGCCUAGCGGUUGCUCGAGAAAGGAAGAGGUACAAGACGGCUGCAAAGAGGCCAGAGGACGGCGAGACGUUGGACUCGUGGCUCUGUCGGCACGCGAAACAGAAGGCUUCCAAGACCGCAGGCACACAGGAUCUGAGCGACUUGGAGAAGCAGCCAUCUGCGUGCUGUCCGGCAUCCAGGUCUAUGAGAUUCGAGCCGAAGCUGCCGGUGCCGCACAGAAAGGAGCACAGCCAGACGCUCCCGACCGACGGUGCGUCUAGUGUCACGACACCCCAACAGCGGUUGCUGUCGCGCUCUGCUGUGUCGUUGAUAUCCAACAUCAUUCUCGUGGCGGGCCUGGCGGCGGUUGUCAGCAUGAUUUUCCUGGCUAGGAGAUCGGUGGACGGAAGUUUCAUGGUGGAAGAAGAGUGA